AUGGCAGAUACAUCAGCCGAGCGUCUGGCCCGCAAGCUGCAGGACGCCAUAUCCAAAUACAUAGAACAGAACCAAGUAUCCAAGGCUCUCCAUGAAGAGGCUUUGGCCAGUCUGCCCGGUGGAAACACCCGGACUGUUCUUCAUACAGACCCUUUCCCACUGUGCAUCAAAUCAGGCAAAGGGUAUCAGGUCACCUCAGAGGACGGAAGGGUUUACACUGACCUAAUCGGGGAGUUCUCUGCAGCUUUAUAUGGCCACUCCAACGACAAGAUUAUCGGAGCUAUCGAGAAGACAAUCCACGGCUCUGGCUUAAACAUUGGCGGUACGACUUCGCAGGAGAAGCUCUUCGCACGCCAACUGUGUGACCGCUUUCAUCUUGAGAGAGUACGCCUCGCCAACUCGGGUACCGAGGCCAACUUGCAUGCCCUAGCAGCUGCAAAGCUCUUUACCGGGAAGAAAAAGGUUGUGGCCUUCAGCAACGGAUAUCAUGGCGGUGUCCUGACCUUCUCCGGGGAUAAGCCAGCUGCCAACAACGUGGAUAUCGAGGACUGGGUUGUUGUCAAGUACAACGAUCUAGAGGGUGCUCAAGAAGCCAUACGAGGGGAGGGCGUAGCCGCUGUGAUUAUGGAAGGUAUGCAAGGUGCCGCUGGCAGUAUAGCUGGGACGCCCGAAUUCCUCCACGGGGUACAGAAGGCUGCAAAGGAUGCUGGCAUUAUCUUCAUUCUCGACGAGGUCAUGACUUCAAGGAUGUCAACAAACGGUCUUGCACAUCUUCGCGGGCUAAAGCCCGACCUAAAGACUCUCGGAAAGUACUUGGGUGGCGGUUUAGCAUUUGGCGCCUUUGGCGGUAGAGAGGACAUCAUGGCUAUUUUCGAUCCACGAUCGCCGGGGUCGGUUUCCCACUCAGGUACAUUCAACAACAACACACUUGUCACUCGCACAGGCUACGUCGGCCUCACAGAGAUAUAUACUCCUGAGCGUGCUCAGGCGUUCACCGAUACUGGGGAGGAUCUGAGACGGAGGCUCAAUGAGGCUGCCAAAGGGACCCGAGUCUGCUUUACAGGUGUAGGUACUCUCAUGACCGUCCACUUCCCCGUAGACGGAAACCGUGACUUCAUUCGAGCCGACAGCAUUGAGGAGGUAGCUGCGCUCAGGGACUUGUUCUGGUACGAGAUGCUAGACCAGGGCUUCUGGCUCGCCCGUCGAGGCUUCAUGGCCUUUAUUCUCGAGACCCCACCAGCUGAGUUUGAUCGGUUUGUCGAAGCUUACACCCAAUCAGCCAUGGAUUUUCAAAAUCGUGCCGGUUCGAAGUUCGGAGGAGGCGGCGUGGCCUCCCAAUCAGCCACCAACGCCGACCGCCGCGAGCGCCUGCGAAAGCUCGCCCUCGAGACCAUCAACCUCGACCAGGACCCCUACUUCUUCAAGAACCACGUCGGCUCCUUCGAGUGCCGCCUCUGCCUGACCGUCCACCAGAACGACGGCUCCUACCUCGCCCACACCCAGGGCAAGAAGCACCAGACCAACCUCGCCCGCCGCGCCGCCCGCGAGCAAAAGGAAGGGAAACGCGAAGGCCAGAACGCCAUCGACCCGGCCACGGGGCUUCCCAUCGGCGUCGCCGCCCCGCGCCGCAACCUCGUCAAGAUCGGGCGGCCGGGCUACAAGAUCACCAAGAUCCGCGACCCGACCACCCGCCAACAGGGACUGCUAUUCCAGCUUCAGUACCCGGAGGCCGAGCCGGGCUCGCCAGCGCCCAAGUGGCAGGUCAUGAACGCCUUCGCGCAGCGCGUCGAGGAGCCGGACAGGAACUACCAGUACCUCCUCGUGGCCGCCGAGCCGUACGAGACGGUGGGGUUCAAGAUCCCCGCCCGCGAGCUCGACAAGCGCGACGACCGCCAGUUCAGCUUCUGGGAUCCCGAUGCCAAGGAGUACUGGAUCCAGAUCAUGUUCAUGACUGAGCGUGAAGAGAGGUACAAUGCCGCGCCUGGUCUCGGGCCCAGGUCAUGA